AAUUGUUGAAAAACAUUGGCUGUGGUCUGGUAAUGAGAUGGACUUUCCAUCAAACCACACAGGCAGCACAUAAAAAAUAAUAAUAAAAAAAAACUUAAAAAAUAGCCUUAAGAAUCUUCUCUGCGUGUUUCUUGAUGCAGAUUCUCUAUCAAGAUCUCUGGCUCUUCGUCUAUUUCUUGUAAUUCUUUUUAAAGAAAACUUUCUCUUAACUACUUCUGUGACAUUUCAACUGUAAUGAUAAUAUUUUUAAAGCUUAAAAAUCUCUUCUUUCUUCUCAGAAGCUAAUAAAGCCUUCUUCUUUGUGGGUAUAUCCUCUCGAAAACCCACCUUUCCUUCUCUCUGAUUCCUUAAACUUGGUUCUCUGUGUGAUUUCAUUGGAUUAGAAGCAAGAAAAUGGAGAUUUGGAAAUGGGUUUUUGUUGGGGUUCUUUGGUAUGCUGGUUUUGUAUUGAGUACUGGUGCUGUGGAGCUGGGCAGGAGUCAACACACUGAGAGGAUUUCAGGAAGUGCUGGUGAUGUUUUGGAAGAUGAUCCUGUUGGAAGGCUGAAAGUUUUUGUCUAUGAACUUCCAAGAAAAUACAAUAAAAAGAUUCUACAAAAGGACCCAAGAUGCCUCACCCACAUGUUCGCAGCUGAGAUCUUUAUGCAUCGGUUUCUAUUAUCUAGCCCUGUUAGAACCCUAAACCCCGAUGAAGCUGAUUGGUUUUAUACUCCUGUAUAUACAACCUGUGAUUUGACAACAAAUGGCCUUCCUUUGCCUUUCAAAUCACCGCGAAUGAUGAGAAGUGCUAUACAGCUUAUUUCUUCAAACUGGCCCUAUUGGAAUCGGACGGAAGGUGCUGACCACUUUUUUGUAGUGCCACACGACUUUGGAGCAUGCUUCCAUUAUCAAGAAGAGAAGGCUAUUGAAAGAGGAAUUCUUCCCUUGCUCCAACGUGCCACCUUGGUGCAAACUUUUGGACAAAGAAAUCAUGUUUGCUUAAAAGAUGGUUCCAUUACUGUUCCUCCAUAUGCUCCUCCACAGAAAAUGCAAACCCACCUGAUUCCUGAGAAAACUCCUAGGUCAAUUUUUGUGUACUUCAGAGGAUUGUUUUAUGAUGUAGGAAAUGACCCAGAAGGUGGCUAUUAUGCAAGAGGUGCUAGAGCAGCGGUCUGGGAGAACUUCAAGGACAAUCCGCUUUUUGACAUUUCCACAGAGCACCCAGCAACAUAUUACGAAGAUAUGCAGCGGGCUGUUUUCUGUUUGUGUCCCCUUGGCUGGGCCCCAUGGAGUCCAAGAUUGGUUGAAGCAGUGAUAUUUGGCUGUAUCCCUGUUAUUAUAGCAGACGACAUUGUUUUACCCUUUGCUGAUGCAAUCCCAUGGGAAGAAAUUGGGGUGUAUGUAGAUGAGGAAGAUGUUCCAAAUUUGGACACCAUACUCACUUCCAUUCCACCUGAAGUAAUAUUGAGGAAGCAGAGAUUGCUAGCUAACCCUUCAAUGAAGCAGGCUAUGCUAUUCCCACAACCUGCUCAACCAGGAGAUGCUUUCCAUCAAGUAUUGAAUGGACUUGCACGAAAAUUGCCUCAUGAUAGAAGUGUUUACCUGAGACCAAGUGAGAAGAUCUUAAACUGGACUGCAGGUCCAGUUGGUGACCUGAAACCUUGGUAGCAGCUAUAACCGGAUGCUCCUUGAAGAGAUUCUUAGCAGCCUCUCCGGUAGUCCUUCCAACGAAGCUGGUUUAAUCAAGGCGGCUGUUUACCUAAAGUGUAAAUCUUGGUUUUUCACUUUAAUAUGUCAGAUUAAGCAUCCAUUAUGUAGGGUCAAGGAUGUUACUGUUAGUCGUAUUCUGCCUUGGGUGAAGAAACCUUAAAUGGGGUCUGCAAUAUGUUCUGAUCCCGUUGAUUGACAACCUCAUGGUAGCAUAUCACCCAUGCUCUGAAACAAAGCUUAAAUUGUUGUUAGGGUUUCUGAUUUAUGCCAACAAUAAAAGUUUUAAAACUAAACAAA